ACACACACACACAAACACACACACAUCAAGGACCCCACACACCCCAGCCACAAGCUGAAGCACGAGGACUGAUACCAACAGGCUCAGAGACAGUUUCUAUCCACAAGCCAUCAGCCUGCUGAACACUUGAACUGGACUGACCACCUGGUCUGAUUCGCCCCUCAUUAGCACACAUGCACUCCCUCAUGCAUAUACCCACACAGACAUACACACACACACACACACAUAUAUUAUAUACAUUCAUGCUACACACACAUCACAACUUCUACUACCAGAAGACUUAUUAUAUUGCUCAAUUUAUACACUUACCCCAUCCCCCCCUUCUCCUAUACACAUGUAAUUAUUGAACUAUAAAUUGUCACUUCCUGUAUUAUACUUAUGCUAAAACAUUUAUUCUAUUCUACUGCCAUUGACUUUAUAUUUGUCUUUUUAUAUUUUAUUAUUUCUUACUGUUGUUUGCAUUGUCGAGAAGGAACCUGCAGUAAGCAUUUUGUUGGACAACGUAUAACAUGUGUAUCCCGUACAUACGACUAAUAAAAAAAAAUCAACUUGACUUGAAACACAGUCCCUUUGAUCUGGAACCACAGGUGUCACUGAGUCACAGAGAUAAGCCUUCAAUGCCCCUGGGCACUGAGUAGAAGUAAGUGUGUGUGUGUGUGUGUGUGUGUGUGUGUGUGUGUGUGUGUGUGUGUGUGUGUGUGUGUGUGUGUGUGUGUGUGUGUGUGUGUGUGUGUGUGUGUGUGUGUGUGUGUGUGUGUGUUUUUUUAAAAAUAAAUGCUCCCAGUCAUGAGUCAUCAUCACAGGAAUGGUGAUCCUAUAUGUGAAACCUCAUAUAGUUCUCACACCACCUCAACCCAAGGUGACUGUGUACAUUUAUGUGGGUUAUUCCACAACAGGAAGAUAAGUAGCACCUGAAUCAGGCUGAGGUAAACAGUAACACCACAGAUUAAUCAGGGUUGGUUAGCUAUAAUAAUAUUUGGUAACACUCUAUGGGUGCCCCCUGUUGGCACUUACGACCACUGCAAGACUCAGAGGUCCAAAUGGGGUGAAACACGAAGAAGGAUUGCUUUGUUUUCACUGCCAUCUUCUGCCAAUAACGGGUAUCUGCACACAAACAGUUAGUCUGGUUACAGGUUAGAUCACAAAAGACACCAAGAUCACAAUUAACCAAGUGAGAAUACACAAAAGCCUGUGAACAUUUUUUCAUAGUGCAAUCAUACCUGUUGUGGCAAAGAAUAUGCCAGGCAGUCCAUGGGACAAAUAUUUCUAUAUUUAUUAAUUCCAUUAUUUUAGAUUUGUGUGUAAUGUUGUGAAUUGUUAGAUACUACUGCACUGUUGGAGCUAGGAACACAAGCAUUUCUCUACACCCGCAAUAACAUCCGCUACACAUGUGUAUCGGACCAAUAACAUUUGAUUCGAUUUUGACUGACUACAAUAUCAUCAUCAUAGCUAAUUUCUGAGCCAUAUCACACAAACAUCACUUUGAAACUACUAAAGGAUAAGAUACGAUCAAAUAUAACAUGUUUAAGCGGGCGAAAUCAUUUAACGAAAAAGUAUGGGGCAUCAUGGACAUUGGGCUUCUAUUAAAGAUACUCAGCUAGCUACUAUCUAAUUUCACCAGUGCGCGUGCUCAACACUUGGCUUUGUUCCCCCCCCCCUUUUUUUAAUUGUGUUUGGCCGGUAGCUAGCGGUACUGCUACUCGCAUGGGUUCUAUUUACUGUAGCCGGUUAUGUCGGUGAGGUGUGUUUCCAUGAGGCAGUGGAGAAGUUGAUACUUUAUUUCGGACUGAGUGAGAGAGAGGGACCAAGCAAACGCAAUGGCGGGGGUAUUCGACAUUGAUUUGGAUCAGGCGGACGAAAAUGUGUCUGAUGACGAACUCGGGGAUGGGACCCAAAUGAGCGAAUGCACGGAGCAAUGCAGCGGGUUCGAAUUUAACAUGGACGACUGUGAAAAGUUUGAAAUCUCUGAAGACAGCGUCAACAAAGGAACGGAGCAGAUUCGUCCGGAAUGCUUUGAGUUACUCCGGGUUUUAGGAAAAGGAGGCUAUGGAAAGGUUUUUCAAGUUCGUAAGGUGUCGGGUGCCACUUCGGGAAAGAUUUUCGCCAUGAAGGUCUUGAAGAAGGCGAUGAUAGUGCGUAACGCUAAGGACACGGCACACACCAAGGCAGAGAGGAACAUCCUGGAGGAGGUGAAGCACCCAUUCAUAGUGGACCUCAUCUAUGCCUUCCAGACAGGGGGCAAGCUGUACCUCAUCCUGGAGUACCUAAGUGGUGGGGAGCUGUUUAUGCAAUUGGAGAGAGAGGGGAUCCUUGUGGAGGACAAAGCAUGCUUCUAUCUGGCAGAGAUUUCAAUGGCUCUGGGACACCUGCAUCAGAAAGGCAUCAUCUACAGAGACCUGAAGCCAGAAAACAUCAUGCUCAACAACAACGGUCACAUCAAGCUCACAGACUUUGGACUAUGUAAAGAAUCAAUCCAUGACGGCACAGUUACUCACACUUUCUGUGGCACCAUAGAAUACAUGGCCCCAGAGAUCCUGAUGAGGAGUGGACACAACCGGGCUGUAGACUGGUGGAGCCUGGGAGCUCUCAUGUAUGACAUGCUGACAGGAGCACCGCCAUUCACUGGUGAAAACAGGAAGAAGACCAUUGACAAAAUCUUAAAGUGUAAAUUGAACUUGCCACCUUACCUCACACAAGAAGCCAGGGACCUUCUCAAAAAGCUACUAAAACGCAACGCCUCAUUACGGCUGGGGGCGGGCCCAGGAGACGCCUCAGAAAUUCAGUCCCACCCAUUCUUCAGGCAUAUUAAAUGGGACGAACUUCUCGCUCGCAAAGUGGAGCCUCCAUUCAAGCCUGUUCUGCAAUCAGCUGAUGACGUGAGCCAGUUUGACUCCAAGUUUACCAGCCAGACUCCUGUUGACAGCCCUGACGACUCCACGCUCAGUGAAAGUGCCAAUCAAGUCUUCCUGGGCUUUACGUAUGUAGCCCCCUCUGUGCUUGAAAACGUCAAGGAGAAAUUCCCCUUUGAGCAAAAAGUCCGCUCACCAAGAAGGUUUCUGGGAAGCCCAAGAACACCAGUGAGUCCAGUGAAGUUUGCUGGGGGGGACUGCUGGCCCCGGGCCCCCACUCAGGCUAGAGUCUCGUCCCUGCUGUCCCCUGGGGGCUCUGGGUCUGGAGACCAGCCCAUGGAGGUUGGUGUGGAGCAGAUGGACGUGAGCUCCAAAGCUACUGAGGUGUCUGCCCCCUUGCCCAUCAAAAAGCCCUCUGGCAACACCACCACAGGCGGCCCCUUCAAGAAGCAGGCCUACCCCCUGAUGUCCAAACGUCCAGAGCACCUCCAGAUGAAUCUAUGACGCUCAGCUCCAUCUAGAACUCCUCUUUUCUAAUUCCUCCUCCCCCGUUUUUUCUUUUUUUUCUUUUAAAAGCCUUAAAGAAAUGACUGACGGAGCGCUGACCAUCGGCACCAAUCACCAGCUCCUCCAGACACACCUUCCAUCUCUGCCUCCUUCCCUCUCCUCUCUAUCCCUUUUUGAGCAGCUUGGGAGCCACAUGGGUCUUUCUACCCUAGCAGAUAUGAAUAAACUAUAGCAGUCUCCUGUUAGGGGCGACGAGGGAGAGAACUCCCUCCCACCAAUUAGAGCUUUAGUCAGACAACGAAAGGUCUUGACUACUUCCUAAUGCCCAGUAGGGUGUAGAUGCAGGAAGAGACGAGAGCAGUGCUGCUGCCUGAUUCUUGUGUGCUCCACUGGGAUAGCUUCUCAUAUGAUAUACUGGUGCUUUGUACUUUGUGUGAGUGGGGACAGACAGUGUUACUCAUGCAGCAGUGAUUUUCCUCACCAGGAGUGAGACGUUAUUGAUUUCUGAAGCCGUGUAAUAGACUUUUGAAGGCUGAAAGGGUGGAGAGGAUUUCCCCCUUAAAUGCCUUUGCUUCCUUUUUACAGGAUACAGUAUAGAUGGAGAAAAUUAUAAUGAACAAAGAACACAAUAUUCUCUACAGUUCUCAUGCUAUAGUAUAUUAGGCUGCAUUGUUCCAUUUAAAAAAAAAGAUGGAAUCCACAAUGCCUUUCUGCUUUGUCACAUCCAGUCAGGAUAAAUCCUGUUGAACACAGCUGGGUCACGGCUGGGUUGUGUUCAGUAGGUAGAACACGUAUUGAAACUGAAUUAAACAGGAAGGUGCUAUCUGAACUCGUCCAAUGAACAGAUUUCUGUGAGCCUUACUGAACAUGACCCUGGUGUGGUGUCAUUGAUGGAGGUGCAGCUUAAAGCAAACAGAAAAACAAGGUGUAUGCUAUUUCAGCUGAAUGCAACACCACCUGCACCAUCUAUCUGACUGGAUUUCUCAGUAGAUACAAAACCUUUCUGUCUGUCUCUGCAUGUAGUACAUUGAAUGUAAACUGACUCGAAAUGCCUUUUUGAGUGUCACUUACUCAGAUGACCCACAUGAGUUCUCUUCACGGUUAAGAUGCAUGCAGGUUUAUUAUAAUAUUAUGGACCUAUUAUUUUUGGGCAUCCAGGAAAUGUGUCAUUGUCAGAUAUAUAAACCGAGGGCUCAUCUUUUGAAUUGAAAGAAGCAAAGCAUCAAGGCCAAAUUCUCAUCAUCACUGCCUUUUGUGUUUAGCUUAUCACCAGGUUACAUUUGUCUAAUGCACCUGGCUAGGUGCUUCACGGAUGCUUCCCUCAGUCUUUUGAACCCUUGGUGAUAUCAGUAGGGCUGUACCGCUUUGCUGGUUCCAUUUGAACCAGUGAUUGUUUGAAAUAUGUGGUGACUUGAAGGUGUUGUAUGUAUGUGGUCUUUAACUGUGCGCCUCUGGAGAAAAGCCAUUUGAUCCUCUUCCCCAAACAUGAAACUUAGUCAAAUGAAUAAUAAUCCAACUAUAAGGUUCCAUCUAGCUGAAGGCAGUGUUCACACGACCAAGAGAAUGGUCAUACUUAACCAAAUGUGUCUGUUAUUUGAUAAAUGUGAAAAUGGUAACAUUUUACUUUUUAAAAACAUACUUUAAAAAACUCAAUAAGCAAACAGUUGUACUAUUCUGUUCCGUUUUGAACCAGGCAGUUUAUUUGGGUUGUUCUCUAGAAGUGCUCCUGAGUGGCGCAGCGGUCUAAGACACUGCAUCUCAGUUCUUGAGGCGUCGCUACAGACACCCAGGUUCGAAUCCAGGCUGUAUCACAAACGGCCAUGAUUGGGAGUCCCACAGGGCGGCACACAAUUGGCCCAGCAUCGUCCGGGUUUGGCUGGUGUAGGCCGUCAUUGUAAAUAACAAUUUGUUGGCGUGUCCCCCUCUACAAACCUACAUCCUGUUCAAAACAAUUGGAUGGGUCAAAAAAAGGUUGUCUGGGUGAAUGUUUAUCCUGACAGAGGAUUUCCUAUUCCAAGACUGCUGAGGUUUAUUAAAAUAGACAUUAUCGCCCCCUCCCUCGUGUGUGUGCUUGUCAAUGACGGAAUGGACCAAGUGCUUUAUCUUCAGAUUCCAUUGGAGAGGAUGUAUGGUGUGCUUCAGAGCAACUUCCAUAGUGACCAUGGCUUAGCUUUGAAUACAUUUUUAACAAUCAACAACUUCUAUGGUGAAUUUUUCUUUUCUUUUUCUACUGCAUCAGUCCCACUAUGCAAACAAUGUAUUUAUUGCAUAGUCAGUUGUAUGUUUGGCACGCAUGGAUCUUUUGUAAAUGACAACCUUUAUUUUGUUCAUUUUAUUUAUUUGUAGAUAUGUGCAUAUGGUUAUCAUAUGAAUAUCUAUCUUGAGAAACCUCAAAUGCAGCAGUUAAUUCUUUAUUCCAAACUACAAUGUCCUAAAUGUUUUAGUAUAUUUAUUGUACUACAAUAGAAUCAUAUUGUGCUAUGGACUUGUUCAGAAAGUAACUUUUUGAUAACUUUUACCUGGUUCUUUUAAUUCUGAACUUGAACUUUUUAAGAUGCCUGUUGAGUGUUGGAAAUAUGGGCUGUGUGUGUGUGUGUGUGAGAUUAAAAAUAAAUAAUAAUUGCAACUUUGUAUGUAUUUGCAGAUGUGUAUUGAAUGCUAUUGAGACAGGAAGAUGAUUGGAUCAUGUGUUUCUUUCUAGUAGUGUAGAGUCUCUAAAUGAUGCUCCUCUAACCUGUUAAAUACUGUAAUGAUCUGAGUGGGAUGUGGUUUGGAGCUUGCAGGCCUUUUGAAAAGUAUACAAAUGGGAACAUACCUUGAUUAAUCAAUUUAUUAGAAGACGCUGCAAACAUUUAAUCUGAGUCAAUAUUUCAUCCCUGUAUUUAUUCCCUGCAUUUAUUCCAUGACCUGGGAUGUUGAUUUGUAAUAUCAUGUAAGUGGAUGGAUGAGAACAAAAUAAAAAGUGUUGCUGAUUUGAA